AUGGCCCCGCUCCGAGCCGCCGCCGCCACCCUGUCGCUGCUCGCGACGGGCGCCCGAGGGCUGGCCAGGAUCGACGGCGACGCUGGCGCGGUCAUCGCCAGGGCCGACGGCGACGCCGGCUCGGACUGGUGGCCCUUUGGCCACAAGGCUGCGACCCUGGGCGCGCCUGCCAAGAACGUCACAGUCAUCCUGAACGGCGAGCCGAAGUCGGGCACCACGUGGCUGGAGUACGUCGCCAAGGAAAUCCUCACCGAGGUGUGCGCGAAGGAGUCUGGCUGCCAGCUGCUCAAGGGUGCGAAUGGCCGAGACCUCGUCGCGCACCGGGGAUCCGGGUCGGUCGCGUACGACAUGGACACCAAGCACGAGAUUCCCAACGUGGGACACAAGAACGCGUUCGACUUCUCCAUCGCCCCGUCCAUGACCGACGAGCAGGUGAAGGCGGCGGCGAAGGCCACGCUUGACGGAGCCGCGGAGAGCGCGAAGUGGCUCGUCAUCUUCCGCGAUCCCCGCGACGUCACCAGAGGGGCCAGCACAUCCAGGAG